GCUCCUACCAAUCCCGCGUUCGGCGUCAACGUCGAAUUGCUCCAAUGUGGUCUCUUACUCGACGGAUGUCUUCACGCUCAUUAUCUGCUACUAACAGGCUAGGGGCCGUAUCUAGACAUAUGGCUUCGUCGUCUUCGUCACUUGAACAAGCUGAACAAGAGCCCGUACUUUUUGAGGAGAACCUGGCUUAUCGUCGGUACCUGCUGAAUCGACCUAAGAAGCUCAAUGCACUGGACACAACAAUGAUCGAAAUGUUGCACAAUAAGAUGAAGGAAUGGAGGGAACAGACUCUGUGUAACGUGAUCGUUGGAUCAAGUGUACCGGGACGAGCUUUCUGUGCAGGGGGAGAUGUUGCAAAGGUUGUGGAGUUUGCUGCGAAUGAAGAGACAAGAGACAAGGCCAUACAAUUCUUCCGUCGCGAGUUCAAGCUCAACUACAUCCUCGCCAUUCUACCAAAACCGUAUGUUGCGAUCAUGGACGGAAUAACGAUGGGCGGUGGAGUGGGCCUUGCGGCACCUGCGCCCUUCCGAGUGGCAACUGAGAAGACGGUCUACGCGAUGCCUGAAACGAAAAUCGGGUACUGUCCUGAUGUCGGCGCAUCAUACUACCUCUCGCGUCUUGAUGGUGAAAUUGGCACCUACCUCGCACUUACAGGAAGUACUCUCACUGGGCGGGCGGUCUUUGAACACGGCAUUGCAACACAUUACAUCCCUUCACAUCGCGUUCCUAUUCUGCUCCAACAUCUUUCUGCGCUCGAAGAGUCGGAAGGAGCAAAUCGGCGGAUCAUGGAGGCGCUGGAGGAGCUGUACUUCGAUCCUGAGAACACGGAGCCUCCCUCACCACUCUCGGGCGAUGUCCGUGAUGCUCUGGACUCCGCAUUCUCCCAUAAUGAGGUCGAGAGCAUUGUCAAAGCCCUACAAGAUUAUGCGGAGAGCGACAACACGGCCGUAUCAAGUUGGGCAUCUGCUGCACUUGAUGCCAUGGAAGAACGGAGCCCCACUAGCAUGAAAGUUGCUCUCAUGGCCAUCCGGAGGGGCAAAACCAUGAACCUUCUACAAGCCCUGGAAAUGGAACUGAAUAUCGCCGCUGCCUUCUGCCGUGGUGACACCUCUCCUGACUUCAAGACCGGAGUGACUGCUGUCCUCGUCGAAAGGGCAAAGGGCCGACCAAACUGGCAGCCUUCCACUCUGGCGGAAGUGUCCGCCUCAGAUAUUGAAGCAAAAUUCUUCCCGUCGCCUAAGUCCCCAAGCUACGAAUCCCUCACCGACCUCAUUCCCAAACCUCUUCGUCCACUCGCUCAGUCCCUCUCGAGACCAUCACGAUGGGCUCUUCCCCUCGAGGAAGAGAUCAGCCGCCUGGUCCGCGGUAGCCAUGAAUCAAGUGACUCCUCGGCGCUGACGGUCCAGGAGCUGGUAGAACGUGUAGAGAAGCAAAAGUUCGGCAAGCACGGCGUGGUGGCAAAGGUUAUGGAUACGGUUGCCCGGAGAUGUGAAGAGGAUGAAGAGGGUUACCUUACGUGGAGAUAUUGAUUGAUCUACCCCAAGUCAUGCUGGUGGCAGACACUCUGUAACUCUUACAGGCGCUGAGGCGCUCGUCUUUCAUCGCCUAUCGCUCCCUAAUCAAAUGUUUCCGACAUUCGUUGGAGUGCUUCCUUU